GGGACCGCUCCAGCUGCGCACCUCCUCCUCCUCCUCCUCCUCCUCCUCCUCUGGAGAGACAUGGAGAGCCCAGCCGAGAACCCGACCAGGGCUGUGGAGUACUUGAAGGAGCUCAACAAGAUCAUCGACACCCAGCAGGAGCUUCUGGAGAGGCAGAGGGGGAGGAUAGAGGAGCUGGAGCAGCAAGUGUCCGACUUGUGCGCCGAGAACGGCCGUCUGAAGGAGCAGUACCAGCGGCACCUGGCCACCUGCAGGCUGCUGCAGGGCAGCAACAGCCUGGUCACACUGGGAGCCAUACAGGAGCAUAUCGCACAGGAAAAGUCUGAAUGUGACUCCUCCAGAAUGGUCAGGAGACACGCCUCCCUACCUGUGGAAGUCACAGAGAAUCCUGGGAGGUUGGUGGCUGCCGGCUGCAGAAGAGUCGUCCCCUGUCGCCAGUGGAAGUCUGCCUCCUUUGGUGUGGAAGGGGAUGGACGGCCCAACGAGAGUGGCCCUUCCCUGGAUGGUGGAGCCGGCUAUGGCCAGGGCCCGGUGACUCACGGCUCAGCCAUCAGUCCCGACCGAUUCGACAGCCCGCUUUACAGCCACGGGGUCCAGCCUGGGCCUCAGAGACCCCGUCGGCCCAAGCUCCAGCACUCGCAGUCCAUCCUACGCAAGCAGGCUGAGGAGGAGGCCAUCAAGCGGUCGCGCUCGCUCUCUGAGAGCUAUGAGCUCUCUGCUGACCUCCAGGACAAACAGGUGGAGAUGCUGGAGCGUAAAUACGGUGGACGAUUCAUAACCCGGCAUGCGGCCCGCACCAUCCAGACGGCUUUCCGCCAGUAUCAGAUGAACAAGAACUUUGAACGUCUCAGAAGCUCCAUGUCCGAGAACCGCAUGUCCAGACGCAUUGUCCUCUCCAACAUGAGGAUGCAGCUCUCGUUUGAGGGGCCUGAGAAAGUGCACAGCUCCUACUUCGAAGGGAGGCAGGUGUCUAUGACGGAGGACGGAGCCCCGCUGUCCAUGGUGCAGUCUGAACGUGGAGAUAUAGAGGUGCACCAACAGGCCAACAUGGCCUCUCACCAAGCCCCACAGGGUGACCUGACAGAUGCCAUCACGGAGCUGGAGGACGCCUUUUCCAGGCAGGUCAAAUCUCUGGCGGAGUCGAUAGAUGACGCACUGAACUGUCGCAGCCUUCAAGGGGACGAGGGUCCGGACCCAGACGCCAUGGGCUGCUCCAAGGUGGAGCGGGAGGCGCCCUAUCAGGUGAAGUCCCACCGCAGGGCAGCUGGACGAAUGCACGAUGAAACGUUGGCGUCCUACAGCGAUGUCACUCUGUUCAUCGACGAGGAGGACAUGUCCCCCUCUAUGGCUCGGUCCAGGUCGGGGGACCAGCCCUCCAGCACAGAAUCGGACUUGCGGUUGCGGUCGGUGAACUCCUCCCAGGACUACUGGCCUAUUGACCCCAAAGAUGAGGGUCGUGACACAGACACGAGCUGCCGCAGCACUCCUUCUCUAGAGUGCCAAGAGCAGCGUCUUAGAAUGGACCAUCUUCCUUUGUUGACCAUAGAACCUCCUAGUGACAGCUCUGCAGAGCUCAGCGACCGGUCCGACCGCGGCUCUGUCAAGCGGCCGCCCGUGUACGAACCGCACGGCCACAUCGUAACGUCGUCCCAGGCGAGCCCCAAACACAUUUCCCACGGACCCCCGCCGCGAGCUUCCUCCCGUGACGACGACCCACCUCUGCGGCACCGCCACCGCCAGCUGGAAGGCCACUUAGCCAUCAACGGCUCGGCCAACAGGCAGAGCAAGUCCGAAUCGGACUUCUCCGACGGGGACAACGACAGCAUCAACAGCACGUCCAACUCCAACGACACCAUCAACUGCAGCUCCGAGUCCUCGUCGAGAGACAGCCUGCGAGAGCAGACGCUCAGCAAGCAGACUUACCACAAGGAGACUCGCAACAGCUGGGACUCGCCCAUCUUCAGCAACGAUGUGAUUCGCAAGAGACACUACCGCAUCGGCCUGAAUCUCUUCAACAAGAAGCCAGAAAAGGGCAUCCAGUACCUGACCGAGAGGGGGUUCAUCCCCGACACACCGGUCGGCGUGGCUCACUUCCUGCUGCAGAGGAAGGGGCUGAGCAGGCAGAUGAUUGGAGAAUUUCUCGGCAACCGGCAGAAACAGUUCAACAGAGAUGUCUUGGACUGUGUGGUAGAUGAAAUGGACUUCCAGACCAUGGAGCUGGACGAGGCUCUCAGGAAGUUUCAGAACCACAUCCGUGUUCAGGGUGAAGCCCAGAAGGUGGAGCGGCUUAUCGAAGCCUUCAGCCAGCGUUACUGCAUCUGCAACCCCACGGUGGUGCGGCAGUUCAGGAACCCCGACACCAUCUUCAUCCUGGCGUUCGCCAUCAUCCUCCUCAACACCGACAUGUACAGCCCCAACGUCAAGCCCGAGAGGAAGAUGAAGAUGGAGGACUUCAUCAAGAAUUUAAGAGGUGUGGAUGAUGGGGAGGAUAUCCCUCGGGAGACUCUGGUGGGCAUCUAUGAGAGGAUCCGUAAGAGAGAGCUCAAGACCAAUGAAGACCACGUCUCGCAGGUGCAGAAGGUUGAGAAGCUCAUUGUGGGAAAGAAACCAAUCGGAUCGCUCCACCACGGCCUGGGAUGUGUGCUGUCGCUGCCCCAUCGCCGGCUGGUGUGUUACUGCCGUCUGUUUGAAGUGCCGGAUCCCAACAAGCUCCAGAAGCUUGGCCUGCAUCAGCGGGAGAUCUUCCUGUUCAACGACCUCCUAGUGGUAACCAAGAUUUUCCAGAAAAAGAAGAACUCGGUGACGUACAGCUUCAGACAGUCCUUCUCUCUGUAUGGGAUGCAGGUCAUGCUGUUUGAGAAUCAAUAUUACCCAAAUGGAAUCAGACUUACAUCAGCCAUACCAGGUGCCGACAUCAAAGUCCUCAUCAACUUUAACGCGCCCAACCCCCAGGACCGCAAGAAGUUCACAGACGACCUGCGAGAGUCCAUUGCCGAGGUCCAGGAAAUGGAGAAAUACAGAAUAGAGUCCGAGCUGGAGAAGCAGAAGGGGGUGGUGAGGCCCAGCAUGUCGCAGAGCUCCGGUCUGAAGAAGGAGGCUGGCAACGGGAACAUGAACCGCGCCAGUCUGGACGACACCUACGCCAUGGGCGAGGGCCUGAAGCGCAGCGCCCUCAGCAGCUCCCUGAGAGACCUCUCCGAAGCAGGCAAGCGGGGGCGUCGCAGCAGUGCAGGAUCACUAGACAGCAAUAUGGAAGGGUCCAUCAUUAGCAGUCCACACACACGCCGGAGAGCCACCACGCCACGCGAGGGUGCACCCCCGCGCGGCCACCCCUCCAUCCCUAACUCAGCAUCGACCUCCAUCCUCGGGUCGCUCUUUGGCAGCAAGCGAGGCAAACCGUCGUCAUCACAGGGCCACUCCCCCUUCCCUCCCCCGGCUCAGCCCACUCUCAUAUCCCACAAGCCCCACCCGACCAACCUGCACCACACAGCACAGGUAGCGCAUACAGUGCAGCUCCACGGCCACCAUUCCCAGUACUGCCAAGUCCCGCAGAACCCGCAGAACCCACAGAACCCGCCGCCGUACCACCACCACCACCACUACCACCCGCCUCCCCACACGCCGUACCAGCAGCAGCAGCAGCAGCAGCAGCAGCAGCAGCAGCACCCGGGCUACGGCUCCCACGCGCACCAACACCCCCAUUCGCAGCACAGCCAUUACAGCCAGCAUUCCCAUCACGCUUCACACUCCCAGCACGCUCCACACCACCACAGUCAGCAAGCGGGUUCGGCUCCUGGCGGACCCAAACCUAAACACAGUGGCAUCAGCACCGUAGUGUGAUGCUCCGGAGGAGGGGACUUAAAGGCGGAGGGACUAUUGCUUACACCAAAGGGACUGACAGCAUGACUCUAUGGCCUGUCCACUGUGUUUAACUGCUGCUGUGAUGGGAACCAAUCACACGCAGUCACCUUUUUCACCUCCAGGUCCAACCAAUAUGCAGGAUGGAAAUCGGACUCAGCAGUUCCAACAGGGGCCUUUUACUAGUUUGCCUGAUCAUGGUUCGGCCCCAUCAGGGUUUUUUGUGAGGGAAGUACAGGAAGACGCUCUAUGUUUUCCACACACACACACACACACACACACACACACACACACACACACACACACACACACACACACACACACCAACCGGCCGUGACGGCUUCAGAGAAAACAUGUUCUCUCACCAAGCCGCUUCCAACAGCUUCAUUCCUACAAUAGCCUGUCCUACCUUCACAUAAUCAGGAGGAGAAACGCCCUGAGAGACGAGAACAUGGCUGACUGUUUUUCUCUGUCACAAUUGAUGGCGUAAUACCUUGUGCACAGCCUUUCAGAAGUCAACUUUCAACUCUUCUGUUUGCAGAUCCUUCCAUCAUAUGAAUGCAAUUUUGUCGUUGCCUCCCGUAGAGCUCAUGUGUAGUGAAGAAACCUAGACUUAAUCAUUCAACAUCACAGGACAGGUGAACAACUGAGUUGACCGUCUCAGUCAUUGUAGUUCUAGUGCUGUAUUUACUGUAGAUGACAGCUAUAUGUGUUGUCUCCUAGCUCUCAUAAAUAAAUGUGCCAAUAAUUAAUGCAUAAUCUAUUUAGUCAAGACUUCAUGUACAGUAUAUUGUGCGUAAAGUAAUUUGUAAGAUUAUACUUACAAUUAUUAUUAUCAGCAAAAAUGAAUUUUAUCAGUAUUAUGCUGACUCUGUGGUGACAGGAUGUAGAUCUGAAAGGAGUGAACUCCCAUUCAGUCGGGCCUAUAAUCUAUUUCUGGAAAUUUUUGCCUUUCAAAUGGAUCAGAAGGAGCCUCUGGAUGGCAGCUGUUGCAUAUGGGCCUCAAAAGGCUGUGCUGCCGCAGCUGAAGCCUCAAAGCAGACUUUUCCUGUCAACUCUCGAAAAUGAUAAACUGGGCUGGUUGGUUGUUUUAAUCUCGGUUUACUUCUCAUACUGUGGCUGCUUAGACUGAAAAAAGUAAUAAAGAUUAAGAGUGAGAAGACAUUACAAAUACACUUGGAGUCUCAGCACUAAUGUUACAAAUAACCCCACAGAACGCGUUGAAUAUUGUUAAGUCCGUUAUCUUGAAAUUAUGCGACAGCUGCUCUCUUGACUCUUCAAAUCAAAAAAACUUUCAAAAUCUUCUUUUGCCUUCUUUAGUAUAUUUUUUUUAUUCGCCAACAAGGUAAAUGAAUAAAAAUCAGUUCUUACAUAGUGAAGUAUUUUUUUCAUCUUUUUUCUAUCAUAUGUGCAAUAUCUUUGUACUGAUUUUGUACAUUAACAACGAGAAAAGUGUCCCUCCAAUUUGUGCGUUUUUUUUUUUUUUUCAUGUUGCGUCGUUAUUUAUUUAUUUUUUGUUUUUGACCCCUGUCAAAGUCUUUCUUGGUAAAUUAAUGUGUGGCUGUCCUCGUGGUCUUAUGAGAGGCACAGGCUUGGAGUUCAGUGGAAUGUCUAGUAAGUGAUUUUUUGCAUGUAAUGUUAUUAAUGUGAGGCUAUCCUCUGCACAUUGUAUAACAAAUCAGUGUUAUCAUAGCAAGUUUAAGUGCAAUCAUGUUCAGAAAAAUGCAGACUUGUACUAUGAGUGGAAGUCUGUUAUCUUGUUGUCCAGGACGAGAUUCAGGUGAAAAAAAUAUAUCCUUUUUCAUUUGAGAAAUAUAUAAAUACUUACUUACACAGUUCACAGUGGAAAGAGGAAUGUGUGUAUAUAUUUUAAUAAAAGGAAAAAUGCUUUGGGCUGAACAAAAAUAUUUUGCUGGAUAAGCACAUAUGAAAGAACACUUUCAUUUUUUUCAGGAAAUGCAGUUAUAAUAUACAAAAUGCAAACUGAACAAAGGAACUGGGUAUAUAUGUAAAGAAUAACUUUCUACAUUCUACAAAUAAGAGUCUAUUCUAGUGUGUAAAUUAGUGACAGUAAACUGUUUGUCCCAAUAUUCAGGUUGUAAAUGUAUUUUAACAUUCACAAAGAAAACCAUUGCCAUAAGUCAGGCUUAUUCUCACACAUUUCUCCUCAUGGGAAUUAACAAGAAAGAACAGAUGACAGACAUAUCACAUACGGGACAUUAAUGAUCAGUUGAAUGUGUCUUUCCAUUGAUUUCAAUUUUUUUUUUUUUUUUUUUUUUUUUUGCUAUAAUUCUGAAAUCUUGGGGUGAUGUUUAACAAAGAAAUCUGUUUGUUUUGGUGUGUGUUGUAGUGCUUCAAAUGUCUACAGUCAUUCUCUGUUAGAAAGUACCCCAACAAUGCACUGCAUGGAUCAUCAUGUGUCCUAUUCACUGUGAGCUGAUAGGGGGGGGGGGGGGCGGAAAUCAGCCUUUAAAGUUUUGAUUCAUUUGGAAUUUCCUGUUGUGGAACGUGUUGCCCUAUGUUAGUUAUUGAAGCUCAGCAUGCAUUUCAUCAACAAAGCCAUUGUGUAAAUUACAAAUAUAAAGAACAUUGCACUUCUGUUGACGAGGGCUUUCAUCAUGUAAAUAUGGGAUUUUGGUGUGCAAACAGAUGAACUGCUUGGAAGGAGGGUCAAUCUUUAUGAAGCCCUAAAGGGACCAAGAAAAAAGGGGGUUAAAGCAGCUGUACAUAAUGUGUAUAUGAUCAGUACUCUAUUCUGAUAUCUGCAGUAAAGAACAUGCAUCACCUCAUAGAUGGAUUAGAGGGGUGAUAUAUGAACAUAUCGAUUGUCUCAGCCUCCAGCUGUCAUGGACUGAUAUCUGCUGUAGGAAUCAAAAACAGACUGUUAGAAAGUUUGUUGCCAUUUGCAUCCAGCUCUUUUUUCAUACAUGCAACCACCCCCUCCCACACACACACACACACACACACACACACAAACACACACACACACACACACACACACACACACACAAACACAGACACACACACACACAGACAGACAGACAGACAAACCUACAUACAUCAUGCUGCAAGCUGUUCAGUCUGGUGCGAGACACAUUUUAAAAAGAGGAAAAAGACAAGAACGGCCUCAUUUAUAUGUGCAUUCUGUUUGUACAGUGAGUAGUGAGUCAGUAAGACCCCAGUUAUUGUAAAACUUCCAACUGUGACAAUGUUGAGAACGCAAAAUAAACGAAUAUAUGACU